UUCUUGUGUGUGGGUCAUGUUUGUUCAGGUUUUGUGCCUUUUUUUACCACUACCCGUGCGAAGCAUAAAACAAAAAGGUUAUUGAGAUGGGGAUAAUCAAACAAAAACUGCUCAGUUUAAUGUACUUAUUUAAAAAUAAAUUUCAGACACCCACUUAACAUGUGUACAUUCUAAAUUAGUUUUCAUAGCAUACUUUAAGGCAAACAUACUUAGUAAGUACCUCAACCAUCAGGUUUUCAAGUCGUAUGCCCCCAACUGCCACCAGUUUUUUGGGGCAGUUGGGUCAGAGUCAUUCCUUUUAUCUUUUGGUAGACCGCAGUUCAAAUGUGGUUUCCACGCUCAAAAACAAGGAAAGCUUUUCGAAUUCUUUAAACCAGAGUAUUUAAAUGCUUAUUGUUCGACGAACACUCCAACAAUGGACAGCAACGAUUCCCCCAGCUCCGGGGGAAGUUUCGCCAGUACAACCAGUGGACCUUGUUGCGGUUCAGGAAGGGAUUUGGUUGUGGACAUGGAGGUGGAUGAUAAGGAUAAAGGAGAUGAGCAGUUUCAAUUGAGCUCCUGUGACUUGCAGAAAUCCAAGGGUACAAAUAAGUGUUCCAGCGAUCUGUCUGGGGAAAAUAGCUAUGCUGCAAACAAAAACGUGGCUGAAGGCCUCAUGGAUAUAGCCUUGCUUUCGGCCAAUGCUAAUCAACUCCGCUUUUUAAUCACCUACAAUGACAAGGCCUCCACCUACAUAUACAGUAUGAUUAUGGUGAUACUUUCCCUGGUGCUGCAGCUCUUAGUUGGAAUAAUGCUGAUCUUCAAACGACGUCUGAAGCGAUUCAAAAACCGGAGCUAUGAAAGAACCAAUGAUCUGCUGGUGAUGGGAGUUUUCAUGAUCACAGUGAUCAACAUACUGCUGGCUGCUUUCACCACAACCGAUGGAGGCACUCAUUGAAAUACAUUUUAUAAAUUUUA